AUGAGCAGUGGUCAACUCUGUCGAGGACAAGACUGCACAAAUCCCUCAAAGCUACAGUGUCCUACCUGCUUGAAAUUAAACAUUAGUUCUUACUUUUGUUCACAAGAAUGUUUCAAAAAGAAUUGGGUAAACUCUUCAUUAAGACUUCUAUUAAUGAAUGAAAAUUGUAGUUUUCCUAAGCAUAUAACGUGUACUUUACAUUUACAGUCCACGCAUAAACUUCUUCACAAAACAAAUACGCCCACUACGGGGAUUGAAACAUAUAUUCCUAAUUUCUCGUAUACUGGUUCAUUGCGUGCUGUCUAUCCUUUAUCACCUCGAAGGUCA